CCGAGAAAAAGCUUUUCUGUUCGUUGUAGUAAUAGUCUUAGAAAUUAUCAGUUAAAUACCCAACUUUUGAUUGUUGGUACUGAUGUGUUGAGUCCCAAACAGAUCCUUAGCAACAUCCAUUCCUCCAAAUUCUUGACCAAAAAAUUUGGUUUUUAAGUUCGGUUUUGCAAUUUCAAUUCGUCAAGUUAAAUUGUUAACGUGUUUGUUUCUAAUUUCAUCCACCUCUAGCUGGAGGCAGAGAAGCAAUGGAAUUGAAGAGGGAAUUAAAGAACCUCCCGAUGAUCAUAGCAGUGAAAGGUAAUCCAAUUGAAGCCGUAGAACUUGCUAAGCACCUCAGAUACUCCUUCAUUAAUCAUCAGGAUAUCGCCUCAAAUCUUCAACAAUCCUUGCCAUCCUCCUCUGGCGCAGCCACACCCCAACUUGAUGAUUUGUGCUUCAACAUUGUCUGUCAAGUUGCCUCCACCCAGCUCAAGAUGGAGAUCAGGGUCGUCAUUAGCGUCCCGCUCCAUAAGCGAAUCCACUUUAAUCAGUUGGAGAAGCUGGCACAGUCAGCAGACGCAAGUUUAAUGGUAGUCCAGUGUCAAACCCAGGAUGAAAGGGAUGAUUUAGAUGUUAGAGGGGUUGUCAAGCUCGCGGUCGACACCUCAACACCCUUCAACGUUGAGAAACUUGUUAAAAUGAUGCUGGAUGCCAGAGAGCUGCUUAAGUUGAAGUGCCAUUUUCAUGCUUUGAAACUCUAUACUGACGGUAAGGAUGAACAGAAUCGGAAUCUCCAUUGCAAACGCUGUUCGGAGGACAUUUCCGGUCCCAGUUAUCAGUGUGUUGAAUGUGAUAAGCACAAUUUCCAUAAAUCCUGUGCCGAGUUAGCCAGCAGUUUAGACGGUCUUCGCGAAAAUUGCCCCACAUAUCUCAAAGGGAAUAAGCCUAAUUAUAAAUAUUUUUCAAAGCAGCACAGGUGCGAGAGCUGUGAGGUCAGCAACAGCGACUUCUCCGAAGAUUGCCAUCAUUGUCUGUUUCAGACCAACAUGAAACUUGGACAUCUGCCAAUCGUUCUUCAACACAAAUCUCAUGCACAUCCUCUGAGUCUCAUCAUCAUGCCACACGCCCAAAAUUACAAGUAUGCAUGCUGUGGCUGUGGUGAGUUAGGUGAGUGUAUCAGCUACCGAUGUGUUGACUGCAACUUUAAUCUUCACAUCAGUUGUGUUUUGUUACCGCAUGUUCUUAAGAGCAUACGCCACAUACAUCUUCUUGCUCUUUACUAUGGACUUGGGGAGGAUGAUCUUGAUUAUGAAGAUUCCCAAUGUAAUGUUUGUAACAAUGGCAGAAACCUAGAGAACUGGGUUUACGUCUGUGAAGAAUGCAAAUGGGUAGCUCAUAUUGCCUGUGCAAUAUGACAAAAUAGAAAUGUUUAUUUGAUUUCUGUCAUUUGCAGGUAUUAUGAUGGUAAGUUUAUAAUAUUAUAUGACAUUGUAACUAUAUCAUUUUCAAGAUAAGUGUUUGUAUGCUCUCUUUCUUGGCAACUAUAACAUGUUUCAGCAGAAACUUUGGCUAGUUUUCUAAUUUCUGUGGAGUGGAGUCUACUUUUGAAGUC